GACAACGGAUGUUGACACGCAGGAGGGAAGCUGGCGUGAUGCUAACAACGUGCUAAAUCGACCCCCUUGUCAGCAGCAUAGUAAUUCGAGGCGUAAGGAUGACAAAAAUGAAGACAUCCGGAUUCAAAUGUUUAUACGGUAACCAAACAAAAGGAGAGAGAGAGAGAGAUCGGGAGGAGCGGCCGUGUGUGAACUAUAAGUGCGGCCUUCUCAACACGAUCCAGGACGUCCUGAGACAACGGCCAGGUUGGACUGAAGUCAAGGAGUAAGUGUUGAGAAGGAGAGUGGGACUUCAACUGGUGCGACGUCGCCUGGCUGAGAGAGAACUUUGACAAUACUUACAUGGAGGAGCAUGUGAGGAUUUGUCACUUCCGCAACCAUUACGAGCUGACGCGCAAGAACUUCAUGGUGAAGAACCUGAAAAGGUAUCGCAAACACCUGGAGCGCGAAGCGGGCCGGGGCGAGGCGGCCAGGUGUGACUUCUUCCCGCAGACCUUCGAGCUGCCCGGCGAGUAUCACCUGUUUGUGGAGGAGUUCAAACGCAGUGCAGGCAGCACCUGGAUCAUGAAGCCGGUAGCAAGAUCUCAAGGAAAGGGUAUCUUUCUGUUCCGGAAACUCAAAGACAUCACGGACUGGAAAAAGGAUGGCACGCGCUCGGAGGAACAGAAGAACGACGUGCAUGUGGAGAGCUACGUGGCUCAACGCUACAUCGAGAACCCCUACCUCAUCAGCGGCAGGAAGUUUGAUCUGAGGGUCUAUGUGAUGGUGACAUCAUACAUUCCAUUGAAAGCCUGGCUGUAUCGGGACGGCUUUGCACGGUUCUCCAACACGCGGUUCUCUCUGAGCAGCAUCGACGAUCAGUAUGUGCAUCUCACGAACGUGGCUGUUCAAAAGACGGCGCCCGACUACGACCCCGAAAAGGGCUGUAAGUGGCAGAUCCAGCAGCUCCGCAGAUACCUGACGGCCAAGCACAGCCGAGAGACGGUGGAGACGCUGUUCAAGGAGAUCGACAACAUCUUCAUCCGCAGCCUGCUGAGCGUACAGAAGGUCAUCAUCAACGACAAGCACUGCUUUGAGCUCUACGGCUACGACAUCCUACUGGAUGACUGCCUGAAACCGUGGCUGAUCGAGGUCAACGCCUCCCCGUCGCUCACGGCCAGCAGCCAGGAGGACUACGAGAUGAAGUGUCGGGUGCUGGAGGACACGCUCCACGUCGUGGACAUGGAGGCAAGGCUGACAGGCAGGGAGAAGAGAGUGGGCGGCUACGACCUGAUGUGGAACGACGGGCCCGUGUAUAGAGAGGACGCCGGCCCCGAGACGCUCAGCAGCUCUUGUUUCACCGCCAACACCCACUUAGGGUGUGUGAACGACAGGAAGAGGCAGCUGCAGCAGAUGUUUAAGCCACUUCCCGGUCAUAAGAGGAUAUGAUUGUCAAGUAACCAAUGUUGUGUUUUGUUUUGUAUUCAUUUCCUUGCAGAGUAACAGAAGUACC